CGCCGAGCCGCGUCCGGCCCUGCUCAGCCUCCGAGCGCCGCGCGCUCCUCCACGGGGCAGGGCUGACACCCGAGCGAGCGCAGACCCGGGCCGUCGGCUCCGGUGGGGCGCGGCGGGCCCCGGCCCGAGCAAGAGGCGGCGGCGGCGUGGAGGCGCCCGGUCCCCGCCGACCAGCCGGGGUCCUGGCCGCGGCGCGCGGCACGUGCGGCGACCCGCCCUGUGCGCCAUGGCGCGCCGGCCCUGGGUCCCCCACGCCGCCCCUUAGCGCCGCGGCGGCGGCCGCGCAGUCCCGGGCCGGCCCCGCGGGCCCCUCGGGCAUGGAGCCGCACGUGCUCUGCGCGGUCCUCUACUGGCUGCUGCUGCCCUUCGCGCUCCUGGCCGCCUGCCUUUUCCGCGUCAACGCGCUCUCGCUGGUCUACCUGCUGUUCCUGCUCCUGCUGCCUUGGCUCCCGGGCCCCUCCCGGCACAGCAUCCGAGGUCACACUGGCCGCCUCCUCCGAGCCCUGCUGGGCUUCAGCCUCCUCUUCCUGGCAGCCCACCUCACCUUCCAGAUAUGCCUGCACACGGUGCCCCGCCUGGACCAGCUUCUGGGGCCGAGUGGCAGCAUCUGGAACAACGUCUCCCAACACAUAGGGGUCACAAGGCUGGACCUGAAGGAUGUCCCCAACACCGUUCGCAUGGUGGCCCCCGACCUGGGCAUCCUGGUGGCCUCCUCCCUGUGCCUGGGCAUCUGCCGGCGCCUCACACGGACAGCCGGGCGGAGCCAGAGCGCCCAGGAGCUGGACGAUGACGCCAGGGACGUGGACACCAGCUCCCUGGUGGCGCUGUCGGAAGCCCCUGCUCUGCCGCUCAAGGGGAGGUCUCGGCUGGCCGCCCGCUUCCGGAUCACAGCCCACUGGUUGCUGGUGGCCGCCGGGAGGGCCCUGGCCAUCGUGCUGCUCGCGCUGGCAGGCAUCGCCCACCCCUCGGCCUUCUCCAGCGUCUAUUUCCUAGUCUUCGUGGCCGUGUGCACCUGGUGGGCCUGCCACCUGCCCUUCAGCGCCCUGGGCGUCAGCGCACUCUGUGCGGCGGUGGGCUGCUUCUGCGCCGGCCACCUCAUCUGCCUCUACUGCUACCAGAUGCCCCUCGCUCAGGCUGUGCUGCCCCCUGCCAGCAUCUGGGCCAGGGUGUUUGGUCUCAAGGACUUCAUGGGCCUCACCAACUGCUCCAGCUCCAGCGUGCUGGUCGUCAACACCAGCCACGACUGGCCUGUCUACGUGAGCCCCGGCAUCCUGCUGCUGCUCUGCUACACGGCCACCUCGCUCCUGAAGCUGAGCGCGCCCCAGAAGGAGGUGGCUGGGGACGACCAGGAGCGGGAGGUGGAGCUGACCGAGGUGGACCAGUGGCCCCAGAGCCAGGCCCCGGCAGUGGGUGCCCAGGAGGAGGAGGCCGCCCAGCACUCGGCGCCCGGGACCGUGGGACCCGAGUCAGAGGACAACUGCAUCGUCCACGACCUCACCGGCCACAGCCCAGUGCAGCAGCGCCCCCUGUGCCCCAGGCUGGCCGAGCCUAAGGAGCCAUCUCCGCUGCACGGCCUGGGCCACCUCAUCAUGGACCAGAGCUACGUGUGUGCCCUCAUCGCCAUGAUGGUGUGGAGCAUAACCUACCACAGCUGGCUGACCUUCGUGCUGCUGCUCUGGGCCUGCCUCAUCUGGACCGUGCGCAGCCGCCACCAGCUGGCCAUGCUCUGCUCGCCCUUCAUCUUGCUGUACGGGCUGGCGCUCUGCAGCCUGCGGUACGUGUGGGCCAUGGACCUGCAACCCGAGCUGCCCACCACCCUGGGCCCUGUCAGCCUGCGACAGCUGGGGCUGGAACACACCCGCUACCCCUGCCUGGACCUGGGCGCCAUGCUCCCAGUGCAGGGGGAGCUCUGGAGGCCAAGGCCUGUGUCCUCUCUGGCUGUCACCAGGCUUCCUUCUGGCCAGCCCAGGCUGCUGUGCACCCUGACCUUCUGGCUCCUGCUGCGCCAGUUUGUGAAGGAGAAGCUGCUGAGGAGGGCACGGGCCCCCGCGGCGCUGACGGAGGUCACCGUGGCCGCCGCUGAGCCCACGCGGACUCGGACGCUGCUGCGGAGCCUGGGGGAGCUGGUCCGGGGCCUCUAUGCCAAGUACUGGAUCUACGUGUGCGCCGGCAUGUUCAUUGUGGUCAGCUUCGCCGGCCGCCUCGUGGUCUACAAGAUCGUCUACAUGCUCCUCUUCCUGCUCUGCCUCAUCCUCUUCCAGGUGUACUACAGCCUCUGGCGGAAGCUGCUCAAGGCGUUCUGGUGGCUGGUGGUGGCCUACACCAUGUUGGUGCUGGUGGCUGUCUACACCUUCCAGUUUCAGGACUUCCCCGCCUACUGGCGCAACCUGACCGGCCUCACGGAUGAGCAGCUGGGGGACCUGGGCCUGGAGCAGUUCAGCGUGUCGGAGCUCUUCUCCAGCAUCCUGGUCCCUGGCUUCUUCCUGCUGGCCUGCAUCCUGCAGCUGCACUACUUCCACCGGCCCUUCAUGCAGCUCACUGACUUGGAGCGUGGGCCUGGCCCAGGGGCCCGCCUGCCUCGCAGGGCCCACAGGCAGGACGCGACGAGCGGGACCCCACUGCUGCAGCAGGCGGAAGAGGAGGAGGCGCCCAGUGACGGGGGGCCGGCUUCGGACGGCCCCUGCCAGGCCACGCAGGGCCUGGAAGCCAGCAAGUGGGGCCUGGUGGCCGAGCGGCUGCUGGACCUGGCGGCCGGCCUCUCGUCCGUCCUCAACCGAGUGCAGGCGCUCGCACGGCGCCUGCUGGAGCUGCACAUCCUCAAGCUGGUCGCCCUCUACACGGUCUGGGUGGCCCUGAAGGAGGUGUCGGUGAUGAACUUCCUGCUGGUGGCACUCUGGGCCUUCGCCCUGCCCUACCCGCGCUUCCGGCCCAUGGCCUCCUGCCUGGCCACCGUGUGGACCUGCGUCAUCAUUGUGUGCAAGAUGCUGUACCAGCUCAAGGUCGUCAGCCCCCACGAGUACUCCAGCAACUGCACCGAGCCGUUGCCCAACAACACCAACCUGCAGAAGGCGGAGAUCAGCCAGUCCUUACUGUACCGGGGACCCGUUGACCCCGCCAACUGGUUUGGGGUGCGGAAGGGCUUCCCAAACCUGGGCUACAUCCAGAACCACCUGCAGAUCCUGCUGCUGCUGGUGUUCGAGGCCAUGGUGUACCGGUGCCAGGAGUACCACCGCCGCCGGCACCAGCUGGCCCCGCUGCCCGCCCAGGCUGUCUGCGCCGGUGGCACCCGCCAGCAGCUAGACCAGGACCUGCCCAGCUGCCUCAAGUACUUCAUCAACUUCUUCUUCUACAAAUUUGGGCUGGAGAUCUGCUUCCUGACGGCCGUGAACGUGAUCGGGCAGCGCAUGAACUUCAUGGUCAUCCUGCACGGCUGCUGGCUGGUGGCCAUCCUCACCCGCCGGCGCCGGCCGGCCAUCGCCCGCCUCUGGCCCAACUACUGCCUCUUCCUGGCGCUCUUCCUGCUGUACCAGUACCUGCUGUGUCUGGGCAUGCCCCCCGCCCUGUGCAUCGACUACCCGUGGCGCUGGAGCCAGGCCAUCCCCAUGAACUCGGCGCUCAUCAAGUGGCUGUACCUGCCCGACUUCUUCAGCGUCCCCAACUCCACCAACCUCAUCAGUGACUUCCUCCUGCUGCUCUGCGCCUCCCAGCAGUGGCAGGUGUUCUCGGCCGAGCGCACGGAGGAGUGGCAGCGCACGGCCGGUCUCAACACUGACCACCUGGAGCCACUGCGCGGGGAGCCCAACCCGGUGCCCAACUUCAUCCAUUGCAGGUCCCACCUGGACAUGCUGAAGGUGGCUGUGUUCCGCUACCUCUUCUGGCUGGUGCUGGUGGUGGUGUUCGUGACGGGGGCCGUCCGCAUCAGCGUCUUCGGGCUGGGCUACCUGCUGGCCUGUUUCUGCCUGCUGCUCUUUGGCACCAGCCUGCAGCAGCAGGACACGCGUGCCCGCCUGGUGCUGUGGGACUGCCUCAUCCUCUACAACGUCACGGUCAUCGUCUCCAAGAACAUGCUCUCGCUCCUGUCCUGCGUCUUCGUGGAGCAGAUGCAGAGCAGCUUCUGCUGGGUCAUCCAGCUCUUCAGCCUCGUGUGCACCGUCAAAGGCUACUACGACCCCAGGGAGAUGCUGGGCCGGGACCGCGACUGCCUGCUGCCCGUGGAGGAGGCGGGCGUCCUGUGGGACAGCGUGUGCUUCCUGUUCCUGCUGCUGCAGCGCCGCGUCUUCCUCAGCCGCUAUUUCCUGCACGUCCAGGCCGAGCUCCGGGCCACUGCCCUGCAGGCCUCCAGGGGCUUCGCCCUCUACAAUGCUGCCAACCUCAAGACCAUCGAGCUCCACCGCACGGCGGAGGAGAAGUCCCUGGCGCAGCUGAAAAGACAGAUGGAGCGCAUCCGGGCCAAGCAGGAGAAGCACAGGCAGGGCCGGGCCAGCCGUGGCCACCUUCAGGGCUCCCCCGAUCCUGGCCAGGAGCCAGGGCCCGGCAGUCCAGGGGGCUCUUCCCCGCCACAGCGACAGUGGUGGCGGCCCUGGCUGGACCACGCCACAGUCAUCCACUCCGGCGACUACUACUUGUUUGAGUCUGACAGUGAGGAGGACGAGGAAGCCCAGCCCGAGGACCCCCGGCCGUCAGCACAGAGCGCCUUCCAGAUGGCGUACCAGGCGUGGGUGACCAACGCGCAGACGGUGCUGAGGCAGCAGCGGCAGGAGCAGGCUGGACAGCUGCCCACUGGAGGCGACCCAGGCCAGGAGGCAGAGCGGGCCGAGGGCCCGGAGGACGAGCUGGCAGGCCGUGUGAUGCAGCGGGUGCUGAGCACCGCACAGUUCCUGUGGGUGCUGGGCCAGGCUCUAGUGGACGGGCUGACGCGCUGGCUGCACACCUUCACGCGGCACCACAGCGCGAUGAGCAACGUGCUGCGAGCGGAGCGCUACCUGCUCACGCAGGAGCUGCUUCGGGGAGGGGAGGUGCGCCUGGACGUGCUGGACCAGCUGUAUGCCCGUGAAGCCGAGGCGGCACCGCCAGGCACCCUGGAUGCUCGCGAUGCCCCGAGCACAGUCUCCAGAGCUGGAGCAGAGCCCAGGCUAGCUUGUGACCUCCCCCCCCACAGCGGGCUGGGGGCCGAGGAGCCGCUGAGCAGCAUGACGGAGGACACUAGCAGCCCCCUGAGCACCGGCUACAACACCCGCAGCAGCAGCAGCGAGGAGAUGGCCACUGAGCCCGUGACUUCCCCGCGCGGCUCCCAGGAGCUCCCUGCCAGCAGCCGCACCCGCACCCGCAUGCGCACAGCCAGCGAGCUGCUCCUGGACAGGCGCCUGCACAUCCCGGAGCUGGAGGAGGCAGAGCGGUUUGCUGCGGAGCAGGGCCGGGUGAUGCGGCUGCUGGAGGCCGUGUACCAGUGCGUGGCCGCCCACUCGGAGCUGCUCUGCUACUUUGUCAUCAUCCUCAACCACAUGGUCACCGCCUCGGUCACCUCCCUCGUGCUGCCCGUGCUGGUCUUCCUGUGGGCCAUGCUGUCCAUCCCACGGCCCAGCAAGCGCUUCUGGAUGAUGGCCAUAGUCUUCACCGAGGUCACGGUGGUCGCCAAGUACCUGUUCCAGUUUGGCUUCUUCCCCUGGAACAGCCACGCGGUGCUUCGGCGCUACGAGAACAAGCCUUACUUCCCGCCACGCAUCCUGGGCCUGGAGAAGAGCGACAGCUACGCCAAGUACGACCUGCUGCAGCUCCUGGUGCUCUUCUUCCACCGCUCCCAGCUGCUGUGUUACGGUCUCUGGGACCACGAGGAGGAGCCGCUCCCCAAGGAACACGGCAGGGACGGGGCGAAGAAGGGGGCUCAGGAGCCAGCCCUGCCAGGACCCCUGGAGCCAGGGGUGGCCAGGGUCCCCAGUGAGGAGGACCUCCCGGAGCCCCGUGACAAGAGGCGCCUCAGCCCGCAGCUCAGGAGGAGGAGGAAGCGGAGCACAGCACCGAGCGCGCGGGCAGCCGUGGGGGAAGAGGACGAGGACGAGGACGGCGAGGCAGAGGCAGCCGCCUCGGGGAGACAGAAGAGGCGGCGGCGCCCCCGGGAACGAGUGAGGGCGCUGGGGGUCUGGCUGCAGAGCGUCUGCCUGUCUCUGGCCCAGGGCGCGUACCGGCCGCUGCGGCGCUUCUUCCAGGACAUCCUGCACAGCAGGUACCGCGCGGCCACCGACGUCUACGCCCUCAUGUUCCUGGCCGACGUCGUCGACUUCAUCAUCAUUAUCUUCGGCUUCUGGGCCUUCGGGAGACACUCGGCGGCCACGGACAUCACGUCCUCCCUGUCGGACGACCGGGUGCCCGAGGCCUUCCUGGUGAUGCUGCUGAUCCAGUUCAGCACCAUGGUGGUGGACCGCGCCCUCUACCUGCGCAAGACCGUGCUGGGCAAGCUGGCCUUCCAGGUCGUCCUGGUCCUCGCCAUCCACGUCUGGAUGUUCUUCGUCUUGCCGGCCGUCACCGAGCGGAUGUUCAGCCAGAACGCAGUGGCCCAGCUCUGGUACUUCGUGAAGUGCAUCUACUUCGCCCUCUCCGCCUACCAGAUCCGCUGCGGCUACCCCACCCGCAUCCUGGGCAACUUCCUCACCAAGAAGUACAACCACCUGAACCUCUUCCUCUUCCAGGGGUUCCGGCUGGUGCCGUUCCUGGUGGAGCUGCGGGCGGUGAUGGACUGGGUGUGGACGGACACCACGCUGUCCCUGUCCAACUGGAUGUGCGUGGAGGACAUCUACGCCAACGUCUUCAUCAUCAAGUGCAGCCGGGAGACGGAGAAGAACUACCCGCAGCCCAAGGGGCAGAAGAAGAAGAAGAUCGUCAAGUACGGCAUGGGCGGCCUCAUCCUGCUGCUGCUGGUGGCCGUCAUCUGGUUCCCGCUGCUCUUCAUGUCCCUCGUGCGCUCCGUGGUCGGCGUGGUCAACCAGCCCAUCGACGUCACCGUCACCCUCAAGCUGGGCGGCUACGAGCCGCUCUUCACCAUGAGCGCCCAGCAGCCGUCCAUCGUGCCCUUCACGCAGCAGGCCUACGAGGAGCUGUCCAAGCAGUUUGACCCCCACCCGCUGGCCAUGCAGUUCAUCAGCCAGUACAGCCCCGAGGACAUCGUCACGGCGCACAUCGAGGGCAGCUCCGGGGCGCUGUGGCGCAUCAGCCCCCCGAGCCGGGCCCAGAUGAAGCGGGAGCUGUACAACGGCACGGCCGACAUCACCCUGCGCUUCACCUGGAACUUCCAGAGGGACCUGGCCAAGGGCGGCACCGUGGAGUACACCAACGAGAAGCACACCCUGGACCUGGCGCCCAACAGCACUGAGCGGCGGCAGCUGGCCAGCCUGCUGGAGGGCACCUCGGACCAGUCAGUGGUCAUCCCUCGCCUCUUCCCCAAGUACAUCCGCGCCCCCAACGGACCUGAAGCCAACCCCGUGAAGCAACUGCAACCCAACGAGGAGGCCGACUACCUCGGGGUGCGUAUCCAGCUGCGCAGGGAGCGUGUGGGCUCGGGGGCAGCUGGCUUCCUCGAGUGGUGGGUCAUCGAGCUGCAGGACUGCCAGGCCCGCUGCAACCUGCUGCCCAUGGUCAUCUUCAGCGACAAGGUCAGCCCGCCCAGCCUGGGCUUCCUGGCCGGCUACGGCAUCAUGGGGCUCUACGUGUCCAUCGUGCUGGUCAUCGGCAAGUUCGUGCGCGGCUUCUUCAGCGAGAUCUCGCACUCCAUCAUGUUCGAGGAGCUGCCGUGCGUGGACCGCAUCCUCAAGCUCUGCCAGGACAUCUUCCUGGUGCGGGAGACGCGGGAGCUGGAGCUGGAGGAGGAGCUGUACGCCAAGCUCAUCUUCCUGUACCGCUCGCCCGAGACCAUGAUCCAGUGGACCCGGGAGAAGGAGUAGGGCCGCGGGCCCCGAUGCUGCUGCGGGAGGAAGGACGCCGCGGGGCGCCCCAGCCCGGCGCGGGUCUGCUCGCCUCCCCACGCGUACUGUAGCGUUUUCUAAUUAAAUGUUUUAUUUAUACACACGGGA